GCCUCUCUUCGGCCCUUCUCGUUUCCGUCCUCCCUCCUUCGAGAACGACCACACGACGAUGACAGCGGACAAAAAGCAGCCAGAAGAAGAUCCACGAAGAAUGGCUCUGCGCAAAAUAGCAGAGUCAACUCUCGAGACUAUUAAAAGCGGGUCAUAUCUCAAUUACGACCUAGGUGGGAGUGUCGCAUCUUCGAAACAAAAUACUCGGUAUUAUGCUCCAGAUUCACUUCUAUCUACUUGGGCUUUAUCGACGGCAGAGUCCUCUACAGGAUCUGGACAACGUGCCAAAAUGUCCUUGCUGGAGGUAUCUACUUUGGAAGGAGCACGUUUGUUGGCUAUGUCACAUCCGCCUGGCUCGUCCAACGCGUCUCGCAAGAUUGGCGUUUUGAAUUUUGCAUCUGCAAGGAAACCAGGAGGCGGUUUCCUGAACGGCGCUCAAGCUCAGGAAGAAUCCAUUGCCCGUUCAUCCACUCUCUACCCAACUCUCAUGACCCGAGUCGCGCAGUCAUUUUAUACGCUGCAUAACAAAGAUCAAAAGGGUGGUUACUAUUCACAUGCCAUGAUUUAUUCUCCUGGCGUACUCGUCUUUCGUGAUGACCAGGGUGGAUGGGUAGAGCCAUUAAAGAUUGAUGUACUCACUUGCGCCGCGGUGAACGCCGGAGUCGUUCGUCAGACACUCUUCGGACGCCUUGCUGCUGCAGCCGAGGAGGUAAAAAUCGCGAGAGUGAUGAAGGAGAGAAUGGCUAGGAUUCUUUUCUUGUUCGAAAGUCAGGGUGUUAAAGACAUCGUGUUGGGGAGCUUCGGUACAGGAGUCUUCAGAAACGAUGUUGACACCGUGGCGAAGAUCUGGGGCGAGCUUUUGUUGGAGGACAACGCUCGCUUCUCGAAGAGCUUCGACCAUGUUAUGUUCGCUGUCUUGGGCAGGCAAACAUUCGAAACCUUUGAGCAGGUCUUUGCUCAGUAUCAAAACGCUCAAAUGCAGUGAACCAGUCAGUGCCUUUACUCUAGAGCGGAUGCUUCAUCUCACCUCUGUCAGAUUCCGUCUUCUGGGUGAUAUGCACUUUCGUCUCUGGGCUGCUCGCCCGCUUCUUUAUCCCUCGUAUUCGUUUUCACCGUUUCACACUGGCAGCAUACUAAGACCGACAACUACAAGCAAUUCGCUACAAUUCGCCCCCGAUGCGAGUGCUGGUGUCCAUCUGUUGGUCCGUGAUUGUAUCAGGGUCCCGUUGUUACCCGUCUACGACACACUUUGGACCUGUUUCUUGACGGGUCCCGACAUAUCCAGCGUGUCAAACCUGCCCCUGACAGUCCAUGGUCUCUUAUCUACCCCUCCGAACCUGCGGUCAGCAUCACUGGGACCUCGAACUUGUCAAUGAUGCCCGGGCAUCUCCUCUGUUAAUCAUCCCUUGCCAUUUCCCUAUUUUCCCUCCUCAUCUUCAAGUCCUCCCGUCCUACCCGUUGCACACGAUUUUUGUUCCGACAGGCACGUCAAUGUUCACAUAAGUACCUGACGGCGUGCCUAGCAAUAUUUGGACUUUCAAAUUAAGACAUGCCAUCUGUGUGUCUAUUAUUGUUGGAUCUUUUUCUGUUCGCGGAAACUCUAUGGUUAAAUUUCGACCUAUCAUCUCACGUCCUUCCGAUACCCGUUCUAUUCACUUCGUUACGUUCGCGAUUAUCCCUCCUUGACCAAGGUAAUCCAGUUCUUCACUGGGCUAAAACGUAUGUGGAGCCCGCUAGCAGGUGGUGAGGAUCCCAUGCGAGAGUUCACAAUUACCCACAAGCAUGUUCUCACCACUUCCAUAUAUAUAUAUGCUCAGGGUCCUUGGCUCGG